AACAGAUUGAUAAUAAUGAAAACAUCAUUUUGGCGGAUUUUUUCUCAAGUAAUACUUAGUCGUUUAGGAGGUUAUGAUAUGAAAUGUCAAAAGAUUUUAUUGAUGAACAACAAAAUGACACAAAGGUCGUUAAUGUCUUAUUUCGGUCCCUUAAAUGGAAAUAAAAAGGAGAAUACUCAACUAAUUCCAUCAAAUAGUACAUCUCCAGAAGGUCUAGAUGUUGUGCGCGAUAGUCCACUAAAAACCUAUGGCAAAAGAAAGAAAAAUACAGUCCUGUUAAGUGAUAGCAGUGAUGAUGAGAAUACUUUUGACAAAUUUAGUAAAAAAAAAAGUAAAGAAAAUUCUCCAACAAAACUUCAGGUAAAAUCUACUAUUUUUGAAACCAGUAAAUCAGAUAUUAAUGAAAAGAACAUUGGACCAAAUGAUGACAAUACUAAUAAUAAACAAUCCCCAGAAAAAUCACCGGAAAAAUCAAAAAUAUCGCCUAAGAAAUUGUUUCUUGUUAAAGAUGAAGAUGAAGAAAAAUAUUCAGAAUGUCAUAAUAAAAUAUCUGAAAUGGAAUAUGAUCCUUCGAAAAAAAAUUACCACCCUAUAAAAGAUGCCUUUUGGAAUCAUGGUCAACUGACUCCAUACUGUGCGCUAACAAAAACUUUAUUAUGUAUUGAAGAAAUAAGUGGUAGAUUAAGAAUGAUUGAAAUACUUGCAAAUUAUUUUCGCUCAGUAAUUGUACUUAAUCCGAAUGAUCUAUUACCUAGUGUUUACUUAUGUUUAAAUAAGGUUGUUCCUGAUUACAUGGGUUUAGAACUAGGUAUUGCUGAGACUUCACUUCUUAAGGCCAUAGUGCAAACAACUGGAAGAAGUAUGGCGCAAGUGAAAUCUGAUGUUAUAAAAACAGGUGAUUUAGGAAUAGUUGCAGAAAAAAGUAAAAGUAAUCAAAAAACAAUGUUUAAACCUGCCAGAUUAACUGUGAAAAGUGUUUUUGAAAAAUUAAAAGAUAUUGCAGGAAUGACUGGCCAUGCAAUACUUACAAAAAAGCUUGAUAAAAUCCAAUCCAUGUUUAUUGCAUGUCAAGACUCUGAAGCAAGAUUUUUGAUUCGAUCAUUAGCUGGUAAAUUAAGAAUUGGAUUAGCUGAACAAUCAGCAUUACAAGCUCUCGGAUUAGCUUGUACAUUAACGCCCCCACCUCAAGAUUUCCCUCCUAAAUUACUUAACGUUGCCAAUAAUAUGAGUGAAGAAAAAUUUAAAAAACUUUAUGAUUCAAAUUCUUUAAUCAUUAAAACAACUUAUUGUGAAAGUCCAAAUCUUGACAUGAUAAUACCCAUUAUAUUAGAAGUAGGUGUCAGUGAAUUACCAAAUAAAUGUAAAUUAACUCCUGGAGUACCUUUAAAACCAAUGUUAGCACACCCAACUAAAGGUGUACAAGAAGUGCUUAAUAGAUUUGAUGGAUUAAAAUUUACGUGUGAAUGGAAGUAUGAUGGAGAACGAGCUCAAAUUCAUUUAACAGAAGACGGAAAUAUUUAUAUUUAUAGUCGUAACCAAGAAAAUAAUACUAGUAAAUAUCCAGACAUUAUUAACCGUUUAGAUUCUGUUAAAGGUCCUAAUGUUAAAUCUUUUGUGAUGGAUUCUGAAGCUGUUGCAUGGGAUAGAGAAAAGAAAAAGAUUUUACCAUUUCAAAUUUUAAGCACUCGUAAACGAAAGAAUGCCAAUGAAGAAGAUAUCAAAGUUCAAGUAUGCGUGUAUAUGUUUGAUUUACUUUAUUUAAAUGGAGAAUCAUUAGUUAAACGACCAUUUUGUGAACGCCGUAAAUUAUUACAAGAAAACUUUAUUGAGGUCGAAGAACAGUUUUUAUUUGCUACAUCUUUAGAUACUACUACAAUGGAAGAAGUUCAAGAUUUUCUAGAAGAGUCUAUUAAAGGAAAUUGUGAAGGCUUGAUGGUUAAAACAUUGGAAGAAGAAGCUACAUAUGAAAUAGCUAAGCGUUCACGUAAUUGGUUGAAAUUGAAAAAAGAUUAUUUAGACGGUAUUGGUGAUACUAUUGAUUUAGUAGUUUUGGGAGGUUAUUUAGGUCGUGGAAAACGUACUGGUACUUAUGGAGGUUUUCUUUUGGCUUGUUAUGAUCCUGACAGUGAUGAAUACCAGAGCAUAUGCAAAAUUGGAACAGGAUUUAGUGAUGAGGAUUUACAAAAACAUACAGAUUUUUUUAAAAACCAUGUUAUUGAAAAUCCUAAAUCUUAUUAUCGAUUUGAUCAAAGUCAUGAGCCAGAUCAUUGGUUUGAAACUGUUCAGGUGUGGGAAAUUAAAUGUGCUGAUUUAUCAUUAUCUCCAGUACAUAGAGCUGCAAUAGGUAUUGUUGAUCCUGAAAAAGGUAUUUCGUUAAGAUUUCCAAGAUUUCUUCGUGUACGAGAUGACAAGUCUAUUGAACAAUCUACUUCAGCACAACAGAUUGCUGAGUUAUAUUUUAACCAAGCGCAAAUUAUAAAUCAAGGAAGUAUAAAUCCAAAUAGAGAAGACUUUUAUUAAAUUUAUUUAUAAAUUUAUUAUAUUGUAAUAUAAUAUUUAUUCAAGCUAUUGCAUGCUAAAUAGCACCAGUGUUUAAUUAAUUAUUUUCAUGUAAAAUAAAAAAUGUAUCAUUUA